ACGCGUGGGUCAUUCAGUUUGGCAACCUCUCUCCAAUUCGCUGCGCCCAACGAUCAUGUGGAGGCUCAAGGUCGCCGAGGGGGGCGGGCCAUGGCUGAAGUCGUGCAACAACUUCCGCGGGCGGGCGGUGUGGGAGUUCGACCCGGAGCUCGGCACGCCAGAGGAGCGCGCCGAGGUGGAGAGGGUGCGCCGGGAGUUCACGGAGCGCCGCUUCCAGAAGAGGGAGUCCUCUGACCUCCUCUUGCGCAUGCAGGAACAGAAGCUAAACGAACGAGCCCUAAAGUGGGAAGAGAAGGGCGAUGGAGUGUUUAUUCUCGAGCAAUCAACGGAUAUCGUGGGACGGAAGGUCUCGAGUCGGGACGGAACGGGAUUGUAUGCAAAGCAUAAACAUCUUCAGGUGGAUCCUCCACCCACCAAGCUCGCAGAAAAUGUAGAAGUCACAGAGGAGAUCAUAUUAGCGGCAUUGAGGCGAGCCCUCGAUCAACAUUCAAGUCUGCAAGCAGAAGAUGGGUGCUGGCCAGCCGACUAUAGUGGCAUUUUGUUCAUUAUGCCUCUCCUGGUAUUCGCUCUAUAUACCACUGGGUCACUCGAUACCGUCCUAUCUAAAGAACAUCGACGUGAGAUAUGUCGCUAUAUUUACAAUCAUCAGAAUGAAGAUGGUGGCUGGGGUAAACAAGUGUUGGGACCAAGCACCAUGUUCGGCUCAUGCUUGAACUAUGUUGCCUUAAGACUUAUUGGUGAAAAGCCCACGAAUGCUGCAUUGACCAAAGGACGUCAGUGGAUUUUAUCCCAUGGAAGUGCAGCUGCAAUUCCACAGUGGGGAAAGAUAUGGUUCUCGGUGAUGGGUUUGUAUGAUUGGUCUGGAAAUAAUCCAAUAGUUCCUGAAUUAUGGCUUGUCCCACACUUUCUUCCAAUUCAUCCAGGACGAUUUUGGGUAUUUUGUCGUAUGGUGUAUCUGCCUAUGGCUUAUCUCUUUGGUAGAAAAUUCAUCGGAACGAUUACUCCAACUAUAUUGGAAUUAAGGGAUGAGCUCUAUUCCGUACCAUACAGUGAGGUUGAUUGGGAAAAAGCUCGUGAUACUUGUGCCAAGGUGGACCUUAUAUAUCCUCGAACAAUGGCACAAAAUCUUGUAUGGACCUGCCUUAAUAAGGUUAUAGAGCCAAUGCUGAAUUGUUGGCCAGUAAAUAAGUUAAGAGAUAUAGCAUUGAAAAACAUCAUGAAACAUAUCCACUACGAAGAUGAAACUAGUAAAUACAUCUGUACAUGUCCGAUAAACAAGGCGCUAGAUAUGAUUUGUUGUUGGGCAGAGAAUCCAAAUUCAGAUUCAUUCAAAAAACAUCUUCCAAGGAUAUAUGAUAUGUUAUGGAUUGCGGAAGAUGGCAUGAAGGCACAGGUCUAUGAUGGUAAUCCAACAUGGGAGACUUCUUUCAUUGUCCAAGCCUAUUGCUCCACAGGUCUUGUUAAUGAGAUUGGUUCAACACUCCGUAAAGCUCAUGAAUUUAUUAAGAGUUCACAGAUUUGUGAGAACCACCCCGACUACAAAACUUACUACCGUCAUAAAUCAAAAGGUUCAUGGACACUUUCAACAGCAGAUAAUGGAUGGUCAGUAUCUGACUGUACUGCUGAAGCAGUGAAGGCAUUGAUGUUGUUAUCAAAGAUUUCCCCAGAUCUUGUGGGGGAACCCAUAGAAGGACAAAGUUUGUACAAUGCAGUGGAUUGCCUACUUUCUUAUGUGAACAAUGAUGGCACCUUCUCAACAUAUGAGUGUAAGAGAACCACACCUUUAUUGGAGGUUCUCAACCCUUCAGAGAGCUUUAUAAAUAUUGUUGUUGAUUAUCCAUCUGUUGAAUGCACAUCAUCAGUGCUACAAGCUCUGAUUAUGUUCAGAGACCUAGAUCAUGGGUAUCGCAAAGAAGAGAUAGGAAAUUGCAUUGAAAGCGCAACUAAGUUUAUUGAGAAAGAACAACGAAAAGAUGGCUCCUGGUUUGGCAGUUGGGGUGUAUGUUUCACAUAUGGGUCGUUCUUUGCGAUAAAAGGGUUAGCUGCUUCUGGAAGAACUUACAAAAAUAGUGAUACCAUCAGGAAAGCAUGUAACUUUUUGUUGUCGAAGCAACUACAUACAGGUGGAUGGGGAGAAAGUUAUCUUUCUAGUGAAACUGAGGAAUAUGUGGAUGCUAGUAGACCUCAUGCUGUGAACACUGCUUGGGCAAUGUUAGCCUUAGUUUAUGGUGGGCAGGUGGAACGUGAUCCAACACCAUUAUAUAAAGCUGCAAAAGUGUUGAUCAAUAUGCAACUAGAAUCUGGUGACUUUCCACAACAAGAACAUGUUGGGUGCUUUAAUAGUUCUUUGUACUUCAACUACGGGAACUACCGCAACUUGUAUCCUAUAUGGGCUCUUGGGGAAUUUCGUCAACGGCUCCUUGCAAGAAAGAAGUGAAACCAAAAUCCAUGAAAUCUAGGCUAUUUUACUUUAUUACAAAGAAUAUACAAAAUGUUCAGAAUUACUGUUAUAUGUUAGUAAUUGUGCUUACGGUCCGGUUAUGAUAGUGGAAAACUAAUGGCUGUCGUACAUAAUAUAUUGAUGUGACCUUCCGAAUCUAAGGACAGAGCUGUCGCUCUUUCUUGUUUUUA